UUUUAAAUCCAUACGGAUUCGAAUAGUGCCUGAAAAUAAUUUAUAAGGGGGCAAAUAUUAGCGAUAACCACAACCCCUCGAUGGCUCGGGGGGACCGAGCGUAUUAAUUCAUGUUUGAAACAUAAAAAUUUCUCUAGAUCAAAUCCCAAUUAUGAAUUAUGAAAACUUUGUAAGUUUUAUGCUUCCUAUGGGGUUUUAAGUCGAAAAAUUUUCGUUUUUCGAAUGGAGUGUAUGAACGGCUGGCCCCCCGGGUCAUUAUCGUCGCCCCACCACGGAGCUGGAUACAUUUUUUUGUUCAAUAGUUCGUUUUUUACAUUAAUAAAUUCCCAAUAAAAAAAAAAUUCUCGCAGUUGUCGACCUUGCCGAUGAUCAGAAUGUUCAGAAACUCGAGUUGCAGUUUUACGUAACUCAUCUAGAAACACUAGUUUCGAUAAUCUAAUUAUCAUCUUCGGAGAAUAGUCCAAAGACUAUAAUAGCGUAGGUCCAAGAAAUCGUUAUUUGGAAGCUCGAGGUUUAGAAAUUUAGUUUCCAUCUCAUCGUAGACUAUUCGGGGGUCAAUAGUUUGUGCGUACGAUUAUAAUAAAGCGAUAAAACAAAACCGAUGCCCCUGAGAACGUUUUCAAGGGUGAUAAACUCGUUAAGAACGAGUAAACAAUGUCGAAAUAAUCGACUAUAAAAUAGUAUGCGAAAAUUUUGAUCGAAUCACAAAUCGAAUAGUUCGCAAAGAUGAAGGUACCGAUAUUACUUUGUUUGGUAACGGUUUGCGUUACUUUACCUACUACCGGUAGACGUAUCGGUCUGAAGAAUGGGGUAAUAACAAUUACUUCGUCGAAUUAUCAGCUUUCCAUUACGAGAUCGAAAGAUAUAAGAAAGAUGGACGUUUUCUACGAGAAUUCCGAUGGAACGAAAGGCGAAUUUCGAAUAAACGAACCUUCGAAAUUACGAACCGUCGCCGGGGACGAAUUUCUACACGAACAAUCGACGAACAUCUUAGGGGACGAUUACGCACAAUACGAUAUUGUCGAAAAUGUAUUCGGUAGAUACGAAGGUGCCGUAGACGAUGUUACGUACAACGAAAUUCUCGAUGUAAUCGAAAGUUUCGUUCAAAAAAAAUUGUUGAACGAAAAUAUGUUGGAAAUUUUGAAACACGUAGAAUCGCCUGAAUAUAUGCGAGAACUGUUUAAAACCGAUUCUAUUAUACCGAAAAUUAUGGUUAACGACGUUGUUAUACCGACGAAAGACGGAAUCGCACGCAUGCGUGAAUUAAGUGCCGUUCUUUCAACCGGAGAAGCCGAAAACGUACAAGGUAACAACAUCGGAAAAUUCGCGGUGGUUCCUCUUCGAAAAGACACUUCGCCGAGAUUUAUCGCGUCUCAGAAAUACUCAUCUACGGAAGGCGUUACCCCCGCGCGAUAUUUCAUGAAUUCGGAAUCAAACUAUCCGUUUAGUUACGGAACCGAUUACAACCGAUUUGAUUCGAUGAUGGACGGACCGCGAGAUAUGAUGUACCGACGAUACACGUCCCCGGGUUAUUUACAAAGAUAUCCGGAGAUGUACGAACAGCGCAGACAAAGUUACGUGACACCGAUGAGUAGUUUUUGGGAAAAAGUUAUGGGAGAACCUCGAUAUCGUUAUGAUUUUCCCGAAAUGCAACAACGUGCGGUACCUCGAGUUUGGACGUAUCAAUAUCCGAUUACGAAACGAACAGGAGAAUUUUUAUUAGAUGAAGAUAACGAAAGAAUGAUGAUAUCUGAAAUGGCGCGACAAAUGAUGAACCAAAGAAUGAUGGAGCAACGGAUGAUGUACCAAGAUAUGAUGGAGGACGUUAAAUAUCAACCGAGAAGUAUGUUUACGAUGGAAGAACAACGACGAGCACCGAUACAAUAUGCUUGAAUGUAUUUAAUACUCUGAUAUCAUUUUAUCUAUUUUAUUUAAUAAAAAUAUCUUUUCAAACAAA